CCCUAUCGAUGACCGUCUGCAAGCUGACUACCACUACUUUUAUAAAAGGUCGCGGCAACAUAAAAUAGUAAACAAAUUAAUAUCUGAAUUAAGAUGAGUAAUAGAAACAUUAAAACGCUGCCGAAGAAGCUGAGUGUCUCCAAGAAGCCGGCAGUCAAAGUUGACUCGCCCUUGGCCAAGUAUGACUCGUCAGGAAUCCUGACAUGUAUUAUUUGCAGGAUUCCCAUCAAGCCCACGGUCUGGAAGGUACACAUCAACUCCAAGCAACACAAGCUCAAUGUAGACCAAGCCAAGCAAAAUAAGGUCGAAAAAUCGGCAACAAAACCAACUACUCCUGCUCCCAGCACUAUCACCCCCGCUGCUAAGGAAUCUUCAGCUCCAUCUUUCAAGGUCCCUUCUAUACUAAAAACCAGUUUACAGCAGGAUCAGCCGCCUCCUGCGAUAAGUCAGGAUAAGAGUCCUCAAAAAAGCAACGAAAAGACUCCACAGGCCAGCGCGGCUGAAUCUAUUGCUGAAGGGUUGCCUGAAAAGUUUUUCGAUGAGGAUAAAUCCAGUAAGGCUGAAGCAACUCGAAUCCAGGACGAGGAGUGGCAACGGUUUCAGCAGGAGAUUAAGAAGGCGGCAACAGAAUCUAGUGUCAUCGUUGCCGACGAGCAGGAGGAUAUCAACCUCAAAAGGCAGCUAAAAGAAAUAGACGAGCAAAUAGAUAAUUGGAAGAGAUUCAUUAAGAUAAAUGAUCAGAAAACCAUCCUUUUGGGUAAAAAGCGGAAAAUUAAUAUAAAAAAGGAAAUAGAUCCUGAGUUGAGUUCCAGCGAAGAAGAUUGUAGCGUUGAUGAUUUGUAUAAUUGGAGAAGUAAAAAUUUAAAUACGUAAAUAAAAAUCUACAA